UUUUUGCCUGCGCACGUUUUGUCUCCAGCAAAGAGGCGGCAGGGAUGGCAAUAGUGCCUGAUAAUUUUAAUAUACCAUUUUUCCGGGCUAUCCCAAAAGGCCUGGAACCAGAGUCAUGGGUGCUGCUAGAAGGUAUCAUUCCACCACAGGGCAAAAGGUUCUAUGUGGACUUUGCUUCCAGACAAGUCGAGGAGGGAAACAAGCCCCUGAGGCUCACCGUCAGCUUUGAGGGACCCCCGUCGUCCCCUGGCCGGGUGACCCUCAACAGCUUUGCAGACCAGCAGUGGGGGGAGGGCCUGACAGUGAUGGCCCCUUUCCGGCAAGGCCAGAAGUUCAGGAUUCAAAUCAUCGUCACCCGGAUGGGCUACAAGAUCCUGGAGAAAGACAUUUCCCUUUGCGAAUUCCGCCACCGCCUCCCACCGAAGAGCAUCCGCUUCCUGGAGAUCAACGGGGAUGUCAAGCUCCAGAAUGUGGCCGUCAGCUGGGAGGGCAACAGAGCACCAAGGGGCCACAUCCUGCCAGCAUUGGGCAUGGGCCACUAUGCACGUUAGGAGGGCACUGAGCCCUCUCCAAAAAUAAAGGGGCACACCUUGAUGCGAGCAGGAAGAUAUCCCAGGGCAAGAAUAAAUUAUGCAAACCUAGCAGGGCGUCUGUUGUGUUUUGCAGUUUGCUUUUUC